AUGGCCCCGGAAGGUGCAUCUCAUAUACCUGGCGGGAACACAAAUGACGGCGGAACCGGUGACCGUCUCGGCGCCGCCACGUUUUCGACUUCGGCGGUGACCGAUUCGCCCUUUCAGCCUGGCAGUGUUUCAUCAGCCGGCUUUCGCAGUGUCCAGUUCGCAGCACCACGUCGGACCAGACGCAGCGGCGACGGGGACAACGAUGACGACAACGACGCCUCGUCGCGGCUGCUAGACGACGACGACAAUGCCGAAGACGAGGGACGGGAUUCGUACGACGGGGACAGCCGCCGAGAUGCCGGCGACUGGCCACCACUGCGGCGGCGGCGGCGGUCAUCAGUUGGUGCUCGCUUGUCUGCUCUCACCGACAUUGGCGGCGUCAACAGCAUCCGCUCGUUCACACGCAGUUUUCAGCGCGCUGCCGGCUUUACGGAGGUUAUACCACAACGACCGUCGUUCGUCUUUGCCGCCGACCAGGAGCCCAUCCUUGGCGGACCCGGUGGUGAAGGAGGGCCGUACGAUCCCUAUGACGGUACAGAGUCUGUGGAACCGGGCUCCUACCGUGCCUCGCCGCCAGCAUUCUUGUCUCUGCUGCGGCAACAUCUCGAGGCCGGCCACUCGUCUGCCAUCGCGUCGUCCUCCGACAACACCUCCCUGAAUGCUCCACCGUCUGAACCAGGCAGUCCCAUACCCGGCCAGAGCUCCGUGGCCAUCACAGACGAGCCGAACAAUGGCCAGCUAGGUGGCAACUCGGAGCGUAAGAGCCUUCUCGAUUCAUCCGGGCAGACACGUACAUACCGUGCCGGUAGCACAUCGUCUAUAUUUGCCUGGCCACCGCAUCUGGCCGCGGCCGCGGCUGCCGCUAGUGCGGGUGCAUCCGGCGAAGGUGUUGCCACGUCGCCCAUCGUUGGCAGCUAUGGUUCGUUCCGCACGCACCGUAGUGGCAGCGGGAGCCAUGCUGGUGGCUAUGGCUCUGUCAUUGGCUCGCCGGCCGCGCUCAGCUACAACGCCAUGUCCGGUCGUCUGGGCCCAGGCAGCCAGGCCGCUUCCAUGGCGCAAGCCGGUGUGCUAUGGCGACAGCAGCAAGAGGGCGGCAUUGAUGCCAUGCCAGACGACGAGCGUCCGGAAAUCUUGGUGAAGGAGGUCGAAGAGGACGGGAAGAUUGUUCUGACUGUUGAGGGGCAGUCCACGUUGCCCCAGACCGUCUUCAACUCCAUCAACGUGCUGAUCGGCGUCGGUCUGCUGAGUUUGCCAAUGGGCAUCAAAUAUGCCGGCUGGAUCUGUGGUAUGCUCAUUCUGUUCCUUGCGGCAGCCGUCACUGCAUACACAGCGCGUCUCCUGGCCAAGUGCAUGGAUCUUGACCCAGUUGUCAUCACUUUCUCGGACCUGGCCUUCAUCUCUUUUGGACCUCGUGCCCGUCUCGUGACAAGUCUCCUGUUUACGGUCGAAUUGAUGGCCGCAUGUGUGGCAUUGAUUGUGCUCUUUGCGGACUCUCUCGACCUUCUGUUCCCGGGCCUACUCUCCCUGGUCGAGUGGAAGAUCGUGUGCUGCCUCAUAAUGAUUCCGCUCAACUUUUUACCAAUGCGCCUUCUCAGUGUUACGAGCAUCAUUGGUAUCGUGUCUUGCUUCAGCAUCGCUGCCAUUGUCGUCAUUGACGGAUUCACGAAGAAGACUACCCCCGGCUCCUUGAUCGAGCCGGCUGUCACAUACUUGUUCCCUGCGAACUGGCUGACGUUGCCUCUAUCGUUUGGUCUUUUGAUGUCGCCCUGGGGUGGACAUAGCGUGUUCCCAAACAUCUACCGUGACAUGCGGCAUCCGUACAAAUAUGCCCGUGCAGUCAAAAUCACCUUCUCGUUCACACCUCCUCACCAGUAUCUGCUAGACACGGUCACGGCUGUGGCUGGCCUUCUCAUGUUUGGCGAUGAUGUCAAGGACGAGAUCACGGCUAACAUUUUGACCACGUCGGGCUAUUCCAAGGCCUUGACUAUUUUUCUUUGCAUUUUUAUCGCCAUCAUCCCGCUCACAAAGAUUCCGCUCAACGCCCGCCCAAUCAUCACCACAGUCGAGAUCCUGACCGGCAUGCACCAGCAAACUGUCCCCGACACUCAAGCGCUGACCGGACGGUCCAUGUACUUCCGUGGCAUUGUUAAGAUUGCUAUCCGUAUCGUCACGACUGUCACGUUUCUCAUCAUUUCGAUCGUGUUCCCUGCCUUUGAUAGCAUCAUGGCAUUCAUGGGCAGCGCCUUGUGCUCUACGAUUUGCGUCACCCUUCCCAUCUUGUUCCACUUGAAGCUUUUCGGUCAUGAGAUCUCCAAAGCCGACAAGCUGUUUCAGUGCACAGUCCUUGUGAUUUCCAUCAUCAUCUCUAUCAUCGGCACUGUCUGGUCUUUCCUUCCCAAGAGUCUCAUCGGUGUGGAGAACUCUUGA